UAACUAAAUUACUUGGAAAUAGUCAAUCUAACUCUGCACCUAACUGUGGCUCAGUCGCUGUUGCUGAAUCGUUCAGGCAAUAAACGGAGCUGUACAGAAGAGUAGACCUACAACAUCCGGGCAAUAGGCAGCUUGCGCAGAAACGGAAUGGCGGAGAUGUGUGUCUGCAGGUGGAUGAAAAGCCUCUGAAGAUAAGAGUAGAGGUUGCGGCCUAGUGGAGAGUGGAUGAGGUACAGCGAUGACGGCCCUCAGCAGGAGAAGCAGAAGUCUUAACAGGCCUUAGAGGAGGACAACUCUCCUCGCCCCAUGAAGAUGGCAGCGCAAUCCCACACUGCCAGUGAGCUUCCUUUGGAGGAGCUGCUGGCUCUGUAUGGCUACACAGUGUCAGAUCCAGAGAAGGAGACCUGUCACAGGGCUGCCAGCCUGCCAGGCAUGACACUGGACAAGGAUCAGAUAACUGAGGAUCUCUUUCCUGGGGAGGAGGAAGAAGAAUCAUCAGCUGAUGAUCUCACUCCCUCAGUCACCUCAAACACCUCAGAUCUGCUCCGCCGUCUCCAAGGUGGAGACAAAGACACAUUAGUCAGCUCAUCAGAUGAGGAAUCUGACAAUGCCUCCAUUCCCUCCAACGAAGAGCACAAGGAGAUCAUGGUUGGCUCUAUGUACCAGGCAAAAAUCCCUCCACUCAGUCCGUAUACCCACCAGGAGAGAGCCUACAGCAGUGAGGACCAGUUGCUGUGGAGGCCAGGUGUCCUGCCAGUGGAGGAAGUGGAGGAAUUCUUGCUGAAUACACAGAGACCACAUGGCCAGGAGGGGGCAGCAUGCACACUGAUGCAAGGGAACACUGUCCGAGACAACGAGCAGGCACUGUACGAACUAAUAAAAUGCAACUUCAAUGCGGAAGAGGCACUGAGACGACUACGCUUCAACGUGAAGGUGUUCAGUGAAGAGCUGUGUGCCUGGAGUGAGGAGGAGUGUAGGAACUUUGAGCACGGCUAUCGAGUUUAUGGAAAAAACUUCCACCUCAUUCAGGCUAAUAAGGUACGAACGCGCUCUGUGGGCGAAUGUGUGGAGUAUUACUACAUUUGGAAGAAGUCUGAUCGUCACGAGUAUUUUACCCAACAGGCCACCAGGCUCAGCCGCAAGAAAUACAGCCUGCAAUCAGGGAGCAUGGAGGAUGGAGACCAGGACGGGGAGGUCGGGGAGCUGGAAGGAAGCAACAAUGCCUCAAGCUUGUUGUCUCACAGCUCUGUGGGCCCUGGGCAGCUUGAGUCUGCAUUACCUCCACAGUCGAAAUUGGACCUGGACAAACGAGAUGGCGAGCUGGUGAUGGGGCUGUCAGAGCUGUGUGGAGACAGAUGUCCUCAGCAGCUGUUUGACUGUCCCUUCUCUCUGCCGCCCAUGGACGACUUGCAGGAACCUGGUUCAGAUCGUUGUUGUUCCUCAGCUGCGGUCCAGCUCCAGUCCCAGUCCUCUGCCUUGAGCUCCCAGUGGGCAUGUGGGAGCCCUCCGUCCUGCAAUGACGACCACUGCCUCCCAGGCUCCUGCUUCUUCCAGCUACACAUGCGAGGUGGACCUUUUGUUUCUGACGUCCCUAACUGUGGUACACCUGGCGGCGGGACUGGCGCCCCACAUGGGCUGCAGGUGGAAUUUAGCCUGCCGUCUGCCUCACCUCCCUCAUCUGCUGUCCUCCCAUCUCACUUUCAGCCAUUUGGCAGCCUGCUGCACCCCUCCCCUGUCAAGCAUUCCCGCUCUCUUACACAGUGAGGGGGACAUGGGGAAAUCUAAACUGAGUGGUACUUAGUGGUUUGCCCUUUGUUGAAACCAUUGAUCGGUGUUGGUAUUUACACCAGGACAAAAAGUGCAUUUACCUAACAUUAUGAAAGAGCAUGGACCUACUACCUGUGCUCGGGGGUGACUUGUCUGUCUAUACCCUCUUUUUAAACUCAGACACUCAAACCCUGUCCAUUGUGGAAUUGUUAAUCACUACUUUCAGGUGUUGAUUAUGUGUUUAUUGACAGUUUGUCACCACAAUGUGCACCAGAGCAAUGCUAUUGAUUGGCUAUCGCGAAUAUUUACUUGCAAAAGCACAGUGCAGGGGGUGAGAGCUGCGGUGACCAUGCAAACAAACCAGAAGCAUGUUACCCGUGGUCCAUGUUUCUCUAAGACACAUCGCUGAUCGACAAUGUGAACAACUGUUGCUUUGUUUUCUCAUUUAUCAAGAUUGAGAACUUUGACUUUUGAAGUUUGAUAGCCAAUGAUGUUUCUGCUAAUUGCUCAGCACCUUUGCUGCUGCAGCUGUUUGAGAUCUGUCUCUGAACAGAACCACAGUAACAUGGCUGUUGGAAGUUUCCAUUCAAACAAUAUACAAUAGUUUAUUUAAUACUUAAAACGACCUCUACUCAGCCUGUGAUUGUCUCUUUCUAUUUGGUUCCUCAUAUCUCUGCUUUUCAUCGAGGCUCCUUUACUUCAACUGUCUGUACACCUUUGCCACAAAAGUCAAUCUUUCUUAAGAAUAUAAUGAAGACCUGAAACUAAACAUUUUCUAAGGUUUAUUUAAAAAAGGAACAGUGUGGGGGUGCAGUCAUUUUAAAAUUUGUUUUCUUUUUAGUUUUGCUUUUAUCAAAGUUUUCAUCCUUUUUCUUCCCUGAGGAUCUAUAUAGAGAUUUAUAAAGGUACAGUGCUUUGUGCUUUCCUUUCUGAUCACUGUCUCUAUCAUAUUCAUAAUUAGAACCGUGAAGAGUCUGUUUCACCUUCAGAAUAGGCUUAGAAUAAAUAACGUAAAUGUAAAAUGCAUAUGCUAAGACUGGCAGGUCACUGAAUCCAAACACAGUUUCUCAGGUUCUGCAGCUUUGAUGAUCUGCAAGACCGUUCGUCAGAGACUGACUUUCAGUGAUAAGUGAGCAUCAUUCUGGACAGGUGUCAUACGUAUAUACAGUUAGAAAACACAUUAUGUUAUUGUAAGUUUCUUGGAUGAAGACUCACCUUGUUGGUAAAAGUAAAAAUGUAUGUUGUGAAAGAUGUUGGGGUCAUCCUUUACCUCUUGAUGCCUCCAGUUUAUUUUAGCAAAAUCCCACCUCUGAGCUCUUUGAACACGGGCAACAAGGAAGCAACAUCCAAGUAAUGUCCAGUCCCUGCAGAUGUGUAAACAAAGGAAAAAAAUAUUUAUAGUGUCAGAGCAGGACAGAGUUGUGGAUUAAACAAAUACAAGAUAUCUCUUUCCCCUGAAUUGUUUCCUUAAGCAUCUUUAAUGAUCACUACCAGACAUGAUGAAAUAUACUGUAAACUGUCACACAUGUAUAUGCAUUUAAACUUCUAAUAAUUAUUAUUUAACUACAAAUCCAUUGUUAAUCUUGCGUAACAGAUCCUCUAUUCCCAUGGAAACCAGUGUAAACUCAGUCACUUUUUAUCACUUAUGCACUAUCAAACGAAUUGUUACAGGUGAAUUGACAGAUUUUAAACUUACAGUUUCAUAUGUCAGAGAAGAAGCUGUUUAAUGGCUUAUCAAGUCAAAGUUGAGAAAAACGGCUCAUGUAGUCUUCAAAAGACUGAGAAUGGUAUAGAUAUUACAACUACAUCUAGAAUGACAAAGUGUAAAGGUUAUUGCAAUAAAUAUUAUUUGAUUAUUUAAUAUUAUGUAACACAGAAUAAAUGGAUGAGCUUUAAAAUGCCUCAAGAACAAUUUUACACAUUUCACAAAAUCAAAAUUUUCUCCUGCAUAUCAGAACAUUUCGGUCACACUCUUGUCUCUAAAGAAGUAAAGGAAACGUUUCAGGGAAGGAAAGGAUUUUGCUGCUUAAUCUUCCUUUCAUCUGUCUGCCUAUCUAUUCCUUGUUUCUGUCUAUAAAUGUGCAAGCUUUUCCUGUGAUCCCUGUUUAAAGCCAAGCCGGUUUCAGAUCACUGUUUGUUUUGUCUUUGACUGUUUACAUGAGGGGGAUUCAGGACAAGACCACGAAGGCAGGAAAAGGAGUAGAAUCACUGCCUUUUGUUAAUUCUUUAUUUUUACUUUUAUUUUUAGCAAUUUAUAUAUUGCACUGCUUCUGUUAUGUUUGUUUAUAAUUAUUCUAUUUUGUAAAGAAGAAACAAUUAAAAUGAACAAUGGUGAAAUAUUAA